CCGAGAAAUGGUUGGCAUGGACCGGGGCAUCAUCGUUCAUUCAGAGUGGAGGUGAAAGUCGGAGACUGUCGUAAUCCGUUGCGCUUCUCACUUUUUGUGGUGCGCAAGUGAGAAAGCGUCCCGGUAGAUGCACAGCAUCUCUUCUGUGACGGGAUGGGUCCUGCGCGAUACCGGAAUUGGCCUGCUGGUGUAGAUGAUUGUGGUGUACGUGGAAUCGCGGAUUCGGGUGAAGGCCAACAAAAUGAGCGGCAUCACAGGCUGCAACCGAGAAAGAGCGGCAGGUAGAGGUCGGCCGGAGAACGGCCAGCAAUAUCAUCGUCUAGGGGUUGCCAAGGGGCCAUUUUGGGGGCUUGCCAGUUGUGCCUGGGGUUCCCGCCCACGCCGUCCUGUCCUCGCUUUCACCUCAGCCAAAGCGUGUGCGUGCAUGGGGCAACGCAGUUGGCCCCAUCAGCCAGUGGAAACCGUCAAUCCAAUCUCUCCAACAACGAGGAGAACAAAAUCCACACCCCUAGGACCCCUUCUUCUACCCCAGUGCCUGGCAAAGCUCUUCGGGUGCGCACGGUUGGAUACAGCUGCACAAAUUGUACACAGUACAGUGCGAGCUCAGCAUAAGCCUACACAGUGAGUCGUGAUAUUUAGCUUUUCUUUUCGCGUAGUGUACCAAGUACUUCACGAAUAUGCGCUUGGCCGGCAAACCCUGUUAUCGUAAAAGGAGGCGCCAACUUUGCCCGUUAUGGUUGCCAUCUCCACGGUUCUCAGGAGCCUGUCUUGGACUGAUGAGCCUGAGCCUAAGAGCCGA